AUGCAUUUCAGUAUUCUCAAUUCGCUCACCGCCGCCGCUCUCCUUGGCUUUGCCGCCGAGCAAGUGACGGCUGGCCAAGUAUACCACGUGCAACUUCAUGCUGGUAGGGCGCAAACUUCGUACUGGUUCUCCGGUCCAGACGAUCAAAAGUGCCUAUUGAUGCGAAUUCCGGUGUCUCCGCCUGCUCGACAAAGUAUUGGCAAGCAAAUUGUCGACGCGCAUUCGAUGUGUUGCUUGGUAUAUGCCGAUGGCAUAAGAACUUGCUUUUGGCAUGGAAUUGCAUCCAAUCAAAUCACUGCGGCCAACUGCGCCAACGAAUUGAGCGGUGCCGAACGCUCUGUCACAAUCACCUAUGACCACUCUCUUCCUGCUCAAGGAUGGGGCAAUUCGAUAGCUUGCAAGGUAGUCUUUGUUGUAUUCAACGCCAUGACGACCUGGACCGAGACAUUGCUAGCUCGUUCAUACUGUGGACCUCCCGAAGGAUAUGUGAUGUGGAGCACUACAGGCCGAUACGUCCUGCUUCUCCUCGCGUUUACUACGUCCCUCAUUGAGGAGCAACCUUCAAGCAGUACUCUUGUAGACUGCCGGCGUGGUGUAUUGGCGUACACCUGGCAAGGCCUCUGGAGACCAGAGGUCGCUGGUUCGAUUUCAGCCGCCGACAACUGCUUUAACUACCCGUGGGACCGGCAGGGCAGAGUCCAAUGCGAGGCCCAGGACCCUUUCCGGGCUCUCGCCAGGGUUUUCUCACAUCCACACCCUCUGACCAAGAAAAAGUGGACGUGCGGCGCCACGGUCAGCACACCCGCCCCGGAUGAAUUCGAUAACCUUGAGGCUCAGUUUCAACUUGCCAUGAGGCGUCUAUGGCUACAAACCUACAGCGCUUUUACAACCAAUGUUACCACAGCGAAGAUGCAUGUGCGCCCAUGGCUUGAUUCUGAAGCGUAUUCGAUGGACCGCCCGAAUCUCGUUGAGAUCCUCGACCAUUAUCCACCCGUAAAGAAGAAGGAAGUCACGAGUUUGUUUCUUCUUCGAUCGAUCUACAAAGCCAUUUUCCACGACGAUGUAACCUAUCAAGCAGCAGUUAGACAGAGAGGGGUCAUGAAGCAAAGCAGACCCAAGCCACAGCAGAUUCAACGAGGCUCCCCGCUGUUGGCGGAAGAAUGCUACGGAGAGAUUAUUGACAUAACCGUGUUUUAUACCAUGAAUAAUCCAGCGUUCGAGCUUGCCCUGGGCCUGGGAUGGUUCUUGACCAUGGGGGUUAUUCAGGCGACUGAGCUCGUUAUGGGAACGCAGUGCUCCGCGAUCGAACAUGGCACGAGGACUUGGGUUGGGUCGGCAGACAGGAGCGAACAUAGAAGUGCCGGCCUGGGGACUGCUUCGUUCGUGUCGUUUGACAAUGGGACAUCUACUGCAGUCCCAGCAGAUCACUCUGAGCAAAUACAACCAGACUCAUCCCCAUACAUCAUGCUACUGCUGACUAUACUGAAGAUCUGUCAAAAGUGCACGGCGGACAAUUACAUGGGAACCGGUUAUCAGUUUUCUGUGCUUACUAAAGAAUCCUUGGAUAAAAGCACAUGCAGCUUGAGACACCGGCCCGACAAACGGGUUUCUUCUCAUAAUCAUCCCCCAAGCCAGCAUCCGUCUGCUCAUCCAACACACCGCAAGCUGACAGACGAGGAUUUUGCGAAAGUAGCCGGUCUAUCAAAUGCUGGCGUCGCGCCGAGGGAUAUCCGGACAUACAUACGACAAACCACAAGCUCUAACUGUAACUAG